CACAGUGAGUCAGGAUUUCAAGAGAAAUGAAACUCUUCUUUUUUUUUACACUAUGUUUGCGUUCUCUUCAGUCAGUGAAGUACCCACCUCAGUUCUGUAUUUUACGCUCUAGGCUAGUUACCGCACACAACUUGGUUAGCUGUAGAUCAGACACAAUGUCGAGUAAAAUGACAGCCUCUAUCUCAUUGGAACAGGACCUCUUCAACUGUCCCAUCUGUCUAGACCUGCUGAAAGAUCCGGUGACUAUGCCUUGUGGACACAGUCACUGUAUGGGCUGUAUCCAGGGCUUAUGGGAGCAGGAGGACCAGAUGGGAGGUCAGAUCUGCCCCCAGUGCAAAGAAAGUCUUACACAACCUUGGCCCACUCUGAACCGAAAUACUAUUCUGGCGGAAAUGUUGGCGAAACUGAAGAAGACAGAACUCCAAGCUGCUCCUCUUACAGAAGAUGUGGUUGCAUGUGACUUCUGCACUAGAGGAGCGAACCAAGCUGUCAAGUCCUGCCUGGUGUGUCUGGCCUCGUACUGUGAGACUCACCUAAAGCCCCACUAUGAAAACCCUUCCUUUGGAGGGCACAAACUGUUGGAUGCCACCCGACGAUUACAGGAACGGGUUUGCUCAACUCAUCACAAACUGCUGGAGGUUUACUGCAGAACCGACAAACUGUGUGUGUGUGUGAGUUGUGCACUGUACGAUCACAAAGGCCAUGUCACCGUCCCUGCAUCAGAUGAAAGAAUGGAGAAGCAGAAAGAGACAGAAGCCACAAGAGGAUCAUGUCGACUGAAAGUCAAGGAAAAGGAAGAGGAGGUGGAGCACCUGAGGGGAGCUUUGAUGUCGUUUAAGGGUCUAAAUCACUAUAUUCCUUUCGAUCAGCGCUCUGCAAGGGAAGCUGUUCUGGACAGCACCAGGACCCUCUCAGAGCUGAAAGUAUACCUGGAGCGGAGGGGCAACGAGGUGAAGGAGCUGAUCAGGGCUCAGGAGAAGGUGGAGGUGAACCGGGCGGAGGCCCAACUGCAGCGUCUGGAGCAGGAGAUUAUUGCGCUGAAGAAGAGAGACUCUGAGCUGAAGAAACUCACACUGACCCAAGAUGACGCAUACUUCCUUCAGCACUACCAAGACCCCAGUAGCUCUCCUGUAUCUGAAGACCUGCCGAGCGUCAACAUUGACCCGCUGUGUGGUUUUGGGACAGUGAAGAGAGCUUAUACUCAUUUCAAGGAGCAGUUGGAAUGCUUCUGUGAUGGAGGAAUGAAGAGGAUAUUGAACACAGUAAAAGCCAUCCAUAUGCUUCAGUCACCAAAGCCCAGCCAAUCUCCAAAGACAAUUGGUCAAGCCAAUGGGAGCCCCCCAGCCUUCAAGCCCGCCCUGGUAAUGGGGGAACCUGCAGUAACCUGUGACACUCCCCUUUCCCUCUGUACAAAGUCCUCUAUCUUGAAGUGCUCUUCCAUGAGCAAACCUCCAACUGGCACAGCAAUCCUAUUUCCCAAAAAAGGGCCAUCAAAUGUCACUAAACCUGCUGCUAGAGUAGAGGCCCUCCUCACCAAACCCUUGUCCACCACUGACAACCUUCUCUUGACCAAAUCGGCAUCUAAUAUGAACAUCAAUCCUCUGCUUACUAAAUCCUUAUCUAACACUGAAGGGUUCACCAAACCUGGAGCUGGUAUAGCAGUCCUUAACACUGAACCUGCUCCUACAACAAGUAGCAGCAUUUUCAAGUGUCCUGUCGGUGUUUGUGGUAAGCCUGCAGUUGACGUGGAUGAUUUUUGUAACGCAGCAUUAAACACUGACAGCGGUCCUUUCACCAAACUAUCUGACAACAUUAGUAGGGAAAAGCCAAGCACAUGUUUCCCAUUUGGCAAGCCUAAAUGUAACGCAGGCUCAUCCCUCUUUGGCAAGCCUGAAUCUAACACAAGUUCACCCUUCUUUGGCAAGCCUGCAUCUAACACAGGUUCACCCCUCUUUGGCAAGCCAGAAUCUAGCACAGGUUCACCCCUCUUUGGCAAGCCUGAAUCUAUCACAAGAUUCUCAUUUGGCAAGCCGGAAUCUAGCACAGGUUCACCCCUCUUUGGCAAGCCUGAAUCUAAAACAGGUUCACCCCUCUUUGGCAAGCCUGAAUCUAAAACAGUAUUCUCAUUUGGCAAGCCUGAAUCUAACACAGGUUUAUCCCUCUUUGGCAAGCCUGAAUCUAACACAGGUUUAUCCCUCUUUGGCAAGCCUGAAUCUAUCACAGGUUUAUCCCUCUUUGGCAAGCCUGAAUCUAACACAGGUUCACCCCUCUUUGGCAAGCCUGAAUCUAAAACAGGUUCACCCCUCUUUGGCAAGCCUGAAUCUAUCACAGGUUUAUCCCUCUUUGGCAAGCCUGAAUCUAACACAGGUUCACCCCUCUUUGGCAAGCCUGCAUCUAUCACAGGUUUAUCCCUCUUUGGCAAGCCAGAAUCUAGCACAGGUUCACCCCUCUUUGGCAAGCCUGAAUCUAACACAGGUUUAUCCCUCUUUGGCAAGCCUGAAUCUAACACAGGUUCACCCCUCUUUGGCAAGCCUGAAUCUAUCACAGGUUUAUCCCUCUUUGGCAAGCCAGAAUCUAGCACAGGUUCACCCCUCUUUGGCAAGCCUGAAUCUAACACAGGUUUAUCCCUCUUUGGCAAGCCUGAAUCUAACACAGGUUCCCCCCUCUUUGGCAAGCCUGAAUCUAACACAGGUUUAUCCCUCUUUGGCAAGCCAGAAUCUAGCACAGGUUUAUCCCUCUUUGGCAAGCCAGAAUCUAGCACAGGUUUAUCCCUCUUUGGCAAGCCAGAAUCUAGCACAGGUUCACCCCUCUUUGGCAAGCCUGAAUCUAAAACAGGAUCCUCCUUUGGCAAGCCUGCAGACCAGCCUGGUGUCGUGGAGAUUUCUAUUUUAGAAAACGAAACCAAGCAUUCUCCUAUCAAUGAAGAAAUGCUGUUAUCAGGGUUACACAUCACGGGAUUACACUAGAAAUUGUAAAUACAUAAUAAUACAAUGAGUUUGCCCAUGUUAAUAUACACGUGUACUUUGAUUUGUUAUGCAAUACUGUGAUGGAUUUAAUGUUCUCUGUACUGAAUUAAAUUGAUUUCUUUCACUGAUUUAAAAACUGUAAUAUACCCAUGAUAAUUUACCAAUUUUCUGCCAGACGAUGGCAUUCAAACAACAGUCUCACUCUUAUGCAGUCCCUAAAUUCAUGUGGUAUGUUUUGAAAAAUAUGUGUUCUGACCUCAAUGGGACAUUCUGGUUAAAUAAAUACAAAUGUGAAAACUUGA